UCACGGUUUUGGAGAGAGCACUCGUGAGUAUUGUCCCUUGCUUGCAUUUCCUCGAUACAUGCUGACUUGGCCGUACCCGCCUUGAGGGGCAACAGAGCAUGCCUUACGCAGCGAGCCACGGCGGUUGCUGCCACCCACGGCGGCGGCGGCCACCCACGGUUUCGGAGAGAGCACUCGUGAGUAUCGUCCCUUGCGUUUCCUCCUCAUACAUGCUAACUCGGCGGCAUCCGCCUCGAGGGGCAACAGGGCAUGCCUUACGCAGCGAGCCACGGCGGUGGCGGUUACUGCCACCUACGGUUUCGGAGAGAGCACUCGUGAGUAUCGUCCCUUGCGUUUCCUCCUCAUACAUGCUAACUCGGCGGCAUCCGCCUCGAGGGGCAACAGGGCAUGCCUUACGCAGCGAGCCACGGCGGUGGCGGUUACUGCCACCUACGGUUUCGGAGAGAGCACUCGUGAGUAUCGUCCCUUGCGUUUCCUCCUCAUACAUGCUAACUCGGCGGCAUCCGCCUCGAGGGGCAACAGGGCAUGCCUUACGCAGCGAGCCACGGCGGUCGUUGCCACCCACGAUUUCGGAGAGAGCCCUCGUCGUCCCUCGAGACAACCGGCUGAGCCGCAGACCCUCCAGUCAUCAGUAUGGCGAGCCGCAAGGAGGCCAUCGGGGCCAUCGAGGCCAUCGAGGCCAUCCUUGGUAGGAGACACAAUCACCCCUAUUUGCGGCUGAUCACCGCGGAGGGGCGUCACACUCGGCUAUCGAGGCCAUCGAGGCCAUCCUUGGCAGGGGACACAAUCACCCCUAUUUGCGGCUGAUCACCGCGGAAAGGCGUCACACUCGGCUAUCGAGAGAAUGGUGGCGAUUGAGCGGGGCGAGCGGGGCACGGUCGGGGCCUCUAGGAGAUCUUCUCUUUCCGUCUUCGAAAGAAUGUGAGUCGACUGUCCCGAUACUCGAUCCGAUAGCCCAGACCAUGCUGACUCGAAACCAGCGGCCUGGGGCCAAGUAAGGCUCCGUGUUUCCGCCCCCGGUUCGCCGCCCCCGCGGCU